AUGUGGGAGUCAACCGAAGCAACAAGAUCCAGAUCCAAAAGCUCCGGCAAACUCCGCCCCAGCUCCUCUCCUCCAUCGAUCCGUUCACGAUCCUCUUCUCUCUGCGCGCUUCUGAACCCAUGGCCACCGUCGCCGGAGCUCCGCGUCCCCUCAUCCUCCUCGUCCUCAACCCCGGUGCAGCGGAGCCGAAGGGCGCCGUCGAUAAGGUGCGGCGCGGCGGCGGCGAGGACCGCCGGCGGGCUGGAGGAGGACCACUACCGGACGCUGAGGCUGGCGCCGGGCGCCACCAGGCGCGAGGUCAAGAAGGCCUUCCACCGCCUCGCGCUGCAGUACCACCCGGACGUCGCGCGCCACCACCACAACGACGGCGGCGGCGAGGACCAGGGCAACGCGGACUUCCAGAGGAUCAACGUGGCGUACCAGAGGGUCAUGGCCAGCAUGCGGGAGGCGGAGGCGACGCUCGAGCACUGGCGCGCCCGCUACGGCCUCGCCGACGAGGACCUCGACCGGUACCGCCGCUACCUCCACGAGGACGACGACUGGUUCGCCGACCUCUGAGCUCUGCAGCGGCCGCCGCGUGCACGGUGCACGCUGUGGUUCUCGCCGUAGUUGCUGAAAUGCCACUGUGUUAUUUCUCCCCUGUUUUUAUGUGGGGAGGAGGGAUGCAGAGAUUUCGUUCUAACAGUUGUAAUUGGAACAGCUUGUGAAUAUGGAAAUCAUCAGAGGAAGUUUAAUUUGAA